GGGAGGAGCAGCAGGAGGGCCUUUUCGGGAGGGGCCCGGGGGAAGCCUCCUGCUCCGGCCCACCGCGCCCCAUCUACUCGGCCGGGACCGCUUCGCCUCCGCCGGGGCGGGACGUGGGCGAGGCCUCGGAAGGGGCCGGCGCGGAGGGCGCCUUUCGCUCGCCCGCCGCCCGGGCCGCCAGCGCCACCCUCUUCCUCCUCGGCCAUGGCCCGCCAGCUCCUCCGCCGCCGCUUCCGCCUCCUCGGCCGGGACCCGCCGCCCCCGUCCUCGGCCGCCCUCGGCAGCGGGGCGCGGCGGUGCAGCUUGGGCGCCUGCGCCUCCUACCGCCUCCGCGACGGCGUGCAUCCACUGUGGCAGAGCCCGAUUACAAUUCCGGGGGGCAGUCGGCAGUCUCCAAUCAAUAUCCAGUGGAGAGACAGCAUCUACGACCCCCAUCUUAAACCUCUUGAAAUACGCUAUGAUCCAGCCACUUGCCUCCAUAUGUGGAACAAUGGGUACUCGUUCCUGGUUGAGUUUGAGGAUUCCACAGACAAAUCAAUUAUUACAGGAGGCCCUUUAGAAAACAACUACAGGCUGAAGCAGUUCCACUUCCACUGGGGGGCCGUAAACGAAUGGGGCUCGGAGCACACAGUUGACUGUAGGGUCUUCCCAGCAGAGCUGCAUUUAGUACACUGGAAUUCUUGCAAAUAUGACAGUUUUGAAGAAGCUUUAAUGGAGGAAAAUGGUUUGGCUGUGAUUGGAGUCUUUUUGAAGCUUGGAGUCAAUCACAGUGGGCUGCAGAAGUUAGUCGAUGCCUUACCAUUAAUUAAACACAAGGAUGAUCUUGUUGAGUUUGAUGAGUUUGACCCAUCCUGCUUGCUGCCAUCAUGUCCUGAUUAUUGGACUUAUGCAGGAUCUUUGACUACCCCGCCACUUUCAGAGUCUGUCACCUGGAUCAUCAAGAAGAAGGCGAUAGAGGUUGAUGACGAUCAGCUCGAGGUGUUUCGGAUGUUGCUCUUCACCCCCGUUGGAGAAGAAGAGAAGAGGAUGGUGGACAAUUUCCGUCCGCUCCAGCCGAUAUUAGAUCGCAUUGUCCGCUCAUCUUUUCCAAGCCACCACCAGCUGACCUUUGAAACAAGAUCAAAGGAACAGAUUCACCAUGUCCAUCAGCACUUGCCUCGCAAGGGAUCUGUGCAUCUCUAAGGGGAGAAAAACCUAAAAUGUUCAUUAGCACUUUCUGUGUUGUUUAGAAUGUAUCUGGAUGUGAGGUCAGUUACUUUAAAGGGUAUUGGGUUUGUUUGUGUUUUAGUCUUUUACUCUUCUAAUGGGCUGUAACAUAAGAACCUGCUUUGGCUAAAUCCCUCCUGCAGGUAGCAGUUCAAAGGAUGCUUAAGUUAGAAUCCCAAGCUCUGCCCAUCAUCAAGGAUUCUCUGUUUCUACUCUUUGGCAGAUCCUUGGUUCCAAAGGCUGUAUAGUGGCAAAAGAUGUCCACGAGAGGAUACAUUUAAGGAAAGAAGGGCAAAAGCAGGGCUGUGGAGUCGGUACGCCAGUCCUUCGACUCCGACUCCUCUAUUUUUCUACUGUCCGACUCCUUCAUAAAUUGCAAAUGUAUAUUAACUAGUAAUAACAAGUUUACUGUAGUAA